CAGUCGCAUUUAGUUGGAGCUGCAGGAGAGAGACAGAGAGAUUCUCUGUGUUUACAGCCAGCGCAGGCUACGGCGAGCAUCUAACCUGGCCCCCCCUUUCUCCAGCACUUGAAGGGGAGAGUGCGAGGUUAUUUGGGAAUCUGGCCACCGUGGGUCAGCUUUCGCUGCGACCGGAUUGUCAGAGCUGGUAAAGCAGAGCCCAGGGGGACUGAAAAGAGACACGAAUCCCAUUUUCUCUGAGAAAAGAGAAGGGGCGGGAAAAAAAAAAAAAAAAAAAAAAAAAAAAAGAAAAAAAAGAAAAAAAAGAUAAAUUGAGAGAGAGAGAAGCGAAGAGACGGAGAAAAAGGCAGAGGAAGCGGAGCGAGUGAGAGAGAAGCAUGAGGACCUACUGGCUGCACAGUAUCUGGGUGCUGGGAUUCUUCCUGUCCCUCUUCUCCUUGCAAGGGCUGCCAGUCCGCAGCGUGGAUUUUACCCGUGGUACCGAUAACAUCACCGUGAGGCAGGGGGACACAGCCAUCCUCAGGUGUUAUGUAGAAGACAGAAGCUCCAAGGUGGCCUGGUUAAACCGUUCCGGCAUCAUUUUUGCUGGAGAGGAUAAGUGGUCCCUGGACCCUCGAGUAGAGCUGGAAAAGAGAAACCCCCUGGAAUACAGCCUGCGGAUCCAGAAAGUGGAUGUCUACGAUGAGGGGUCCUAUACGUGUUCAGUGCAGACACAGCAUCACCCCAAGACUUCCCAGGUUUAUUUGAUCGUGCAAGUUCCACCAAAGAUCUCCAAUAUCUCUUCGGACAUCACCGUGAAUGAAGGCAGCAACGUGACCUUGGUUUGCAUGGCAAAUGGGCGUCCUGAGCCUGUCAUCACCUGGAGACACCUCACCCCAACAGGCAGAGAGUUUGAAGGCGAGGAAGAGUAUCUGGAGAUCCUAGGGAUCACUCGAGAGCAAUCGGGCAAGUACGAAUGCAAAGCUGCCAAUGAGGUUGCUUCAGCAGAUGUCAAGCAAGUCCGGGUCACUGUGAACUACCCUCCCACCAUCACAGAGUCCAAGAGCAAUGAAGCGGCCACAGGACGACAAGCCUUGCUCCGGUGCGAGGCUUCAGCAGUGCCCACGCCUGAUUUCGAGUGGUACAGAGACGAUACCAGGAUAAACAGCGCCAACGGUCUGGAGAUAAAGAGCACGGGGAGCCAGUCUCUGCUGAUGGUGGCCAACGUCACUGAGGAACACUACGGGAACUACACCUGCGUGGCUGCCAACAAGCUGGGAGUCACAAAUGCCAGCCUAUACCUUUACAAACGAGUUUUACCCACACUCCCCAAUCCUUUUCCAGGACCCGGCACAGGGAGAGUAGACAACGGCUCCAUGAGCUUGGCCGUCCCACUGUGGCUGCUGGCAGCGUCCCUGCUCUGCCUACUCAGCAAAUGUUAAUACAGAUCAGAAUUUAAAAUAAUAAUAAUAAUAAUAAUAAAUAAUAAUAAUAAUAAUAAUAAUUAAAAAAAACCCAACCAACACGACAACAACAACACACAAAACAAAAACGCGUUAUACAGGAGACAGAGCGAAGAGAGGGGAGAGAGAAAAAAGAGAGGGGAGAGAGAAAGAGAGAGGGAGAGAGAGGACUGUUUCUUUCACAACUUUUGUGUGUUCAGGAGCGAAGAGGGGGGAAAGGAAAAAUUACAGCAAAGAAGACUCAGCAACAUUUAAUCUGAAACCUGACAAGCCGUCUGUCAAGUCACCAACCGUCUAGGAGGCAACACAAAGCGAGGGAGAGAAUGGGGCACCAGCAAGGAUCGUGUCGCCGGAGGAUGCUGCAAUGUAAACAAUCCAACAAAACCUGCAAAGCCAAUCGAACUGAAGAUCCCUUUUCUUUUCUCUCCUCCUUCCUCUUUUCCAUACUCCCUCACCUUCCUUCCUUCCUCCUCUUUCUUUCUUUUGCAGAAAGAGGUCUUUGCUUCGGUGUCCGUAGCCACUUAACUUUUUGGAUGCCCUGGGUCAUUUUUGUGAGCCAAUGCUCAGCCAGUUCAUACUUUUGAAAGCAAAAACAAAACAAAACAAACAAACAAAAAAAAAAAGGCAAAAUAGCGCCACAAACCAGAGCAAGUCACCUGAAGCUCUCUGCACACUGGUGUCCUGUGAAGAACCCCUUCCUCUCUUCACUUCACCCUGCGCCCCUGUGCACCCAGCCCUUGCUGAACACCUUCUUUCUUGUCCCCUCCGCCAUACAUCAUUCUGGCUGGCCUGAACUAAAGCAGUGUUAACUCUAUUUCUUUUUUUUUUUUCUUUUUUAAAAUCCUCUUCCUCUCCCCCCCCUCAGUUCAACCCGGUGUCUUUCUACUGUGUAUGCCUGUGUGCGUGCGUGCAUGCAUGUAUGUGUGGCCCUCACUCCGUCUUCUCUCUUUUUCUCUUGCUCUCUCUAAGCAUGCAAAAGGAACAGUCCAUGUGUACAUAUGCCCAUCCCGUUGUAGAUAACGUCCUGCCUUGUAAGUGUGAGACAAGAUGCUGAGAGAUCACUCAGGCAGAGAAGAGGGGUGAGGAGAGAGGGGCAGCUGCAGCACAGGUUCCCAUGGUGUCCCCUCUCUGGCGUUCCUCACUGGCUUUUUGACUCCUGGCCACCCUCCUUGCAGGAGUCAGUCUGCACCCUUGUUUAGCCUUUUUUUUCUCUCCCACCUGCAACCUGUCUGGCCCUCGGCCUUCAAGUACCAGCACAGCAGCCCCUGCUACGCAUGAGUGCUUGCACACGCGCGUGGGGGUGUGCACACGUGCACGUUUGCCCAAAUCAGCAGAAGAAACCCGGACUGGCCUGCAGCGCUGCGGAGCGCAGAGUGCGGCCGCCCGUUCCUCUUGGGGAGGUGGGAUGUGAGUGAUGAGACCUUGGACAUCACCGAGCAGCCAUUCCUGUAGGUAUAGUGCAUGCGUAGGAACGAUGCCUCGACGUGAAAACCGCAGUCUGGUCAUUCCUAACCAUUUUGGUAGUCAUGCAGAAAUAGAACCGAUACCCUUUUUUGUUGUUGUUCUUACUGUCCUCCCUGUUAUAAAAGGAAACGUAUGCCAUGGAAGGGUGAGUGUGAGAGUGUGUGUGUGUGUGUGUGUGUGUGCGUGUGCACGUAUGUAUAUUGUACACCACUGCUACUGCAAAGCUCACUUUGCAAAUUCCACAUUUGAAACAAAUUGAUUCAGAAAAUGUCCAGGACCAGGGAAUGUAAGAAGAAAAACAAAUGUCAAGUCCAAGAUCCUGGGCUUAUAAAGAAGGAGCUGAAAGAGGCGCAGCAAAGAAGUAGGCAGCACAAUUCCCCUUAGCUCUUCUCUUGUCUCAUCUGAAGGGUGCUGGUCUUGCUGGAGAGGGCUACCACUUGCCAUCAACCCUCCCAUGGCAGAAUCACAUGCAGAGGUGGCAACAGGAGAUGCUCCAGUGGCUCCUAAGCGAGGAGAAGGAGAGGGGGAGGACAGGCUGUGAGAAACAAGGUUAAGAAAAUGCCGGGUGGUGGCUGGAAAUUGCCACAGCGGCAACGGGUCUGCUGCAGGAGCCAGAGUGAGCAGGGGGAGAGGGGAAGCCGACAGUCCUAUGCUCCGGUGGCUGCAGUGCAUGUGUGCGGGCAGGGGCAGUGGGGACACGCCUGUGUUUCCUGGCCAGUCACAAGCCCUAGCAUCCACAGCAGCAGAGAUGAUAAAACGCAGGGUUUAUCAGGUAGCCACUUGUUUUUCAGGGCGGGGAAGGAUGUACAGGGAGGAACUUGGGUUAGCCCACACCACUCGAGUGACCAUCCCACGGCAGUACAGUGUUUUACAGGUGCUGGGCACCACUGAGCUCUCACGCAGCAGCAAGCUUGCGUUUCUGGCUUUGCCCUGUGAACUGGCGCAGCAGCAGCACGCUUGGCAGCCAUGCUCGCACACUCUUGAGGGCAAGGGGGGAAUUGGGGCGUGCGGGAGGGGAUACCCCCCCACCCCCCUCUUGGUGGUCCCCUGCCAGGAAGGCAAAGUGGGAAUUGGUGUCUGUGAGCCAGUCCCCAGCUUUGCCUGGCCGGGACACGCUCUGCCAAGGCGUGUGGCUGCUGCUCAGCGCGGUGCUUUCGGCUUGCACGGCGGUAAUGCCGGCAACCUGCCCGCUCUGCUCUCUGCUGAGCUCAGCUCUUCCGGGCAGCAGCGGGCAGGCAGGUAAUCAGGCAGCCAAGAAUGAGUGAGGAAAUACUAAAGGGAGACACGAGAGGCUGAAGUUUGGGUGAUGGCAGACUUGCUAUAGAUCUGCUGGAGGUUUGCAUGGGGGUAAAUUAGGCUCCCCCCGCUCCUCCAGGCCCCAAAGCCAUGCAGGGGUGUCUUUGUGCCUUGGCGCAAGAGGGGAGAGCUGGGCAACUGGUGUGUGAAAUUUGCACAAGGCAUCCAGGACAGCUCCCUGCUUCUGAGAUAGGGUGGUCCUUGGUGGGACUUGUGCAUCUCCUUUGGAAACUGGCAUGCCCAGGAAAAAAGUGCCCUGUAUCCUUCAGGGCAUUCAGACACCCCAGUCCUCAUGCCUAUCUCUCGGGAGGGUCGUGUCAUUCAACGUCUUAAUAACAACUCCAGAUUUCCUGCUGCAACAGGGCUCCUCAUCCCCCUGGUACAGCCGUGAGCUGAGACUGCUCCCAGAAGCCGGGGCUGGGAGCUGCACCCUCUCCAGUACGCUGGCACGAGGGAAGACACGGCAUCGCUGGCAUUUCUCGUGCUCGGGGCUGUACCUACGCCUGGGUUUAUUGUCACAGGCUUGUUGCGUGAAGGUGGGCAGCCUGCAGUGACACGCUGUCACAAGUUGUUCCCAAGGGCUGGGUCAAGCCCACCGUUUUCUUUAGGUUGAGGCUUCUCUUUGAUGUCAACCUGGUUGCUGUUGUAAGGUCAGUCCCAUGUGUUGUCUUCUGCCCGUGUUUUUGUCUCUGUAGGGUCACUCCUAGGCACUGGGUUCACACACACUCAAGCCCUAUGGUGUGGUGGUGGUCACAAGUCCCGGCACCUCGUUGUCUUACAUCUUUUUUUGGUUUGAAGGAUUUUUGAAGGGAUUUUUUUUUUUUUUUAGAUGUCAAGGCACAGAGGCUUAUGGUUAAAGCAAAAUAUAUAACUAAAACCAGGACACCUGUUUGUUUUUUUUUUUAAGCCAUCUGCCUAUUAGCUAGAGGAAACAGCCACAACCCUGGUGCUGGGAUCUGGUCUUGCCUACAGGACCUGGGCAGAUCCAUGCCUCUGUCGCGUGGCUGCGAGAGAGGGUUAAAGCCAGUUAUUUGGAGACCUGGCUGAGAAAAGCCACAAAUCCCAAGUAUGCCUGUUACCCGCAGCAGUGCUGGGAGCCCCACUCCUAGCAGCGGCUGUUCGUAGCAGGGCUGGGGGAGUCAUGGGUGGGCUGGAGCUUGAUUUACUCUGAGAAGCGAAUCCCGCGAGCUGCCGUGUGCGCCACGGGAUGCUGUGAACAUCCCCACUGUUCCUCCUGAACUCGAGCAGGGAUCGCAGAAAGCAGCUGUCGAGAGGAGAGCCCAGACGAACAUGGGAAACGCAGGCAAGGUCAAAUGCUUUUCCCCAUUCUCUUUCUCCCCUCUGCCCUUUGACAGAGAUGUUGCAAAGGGGUUGUUCAUGUCUCAAGCCCUUUUCUCUGAAGCUGUUUCUCCUCCUCACCUCUACUCCAUGUUCAUGUUGCUAUCUUCCCCAUCCCCUAACGAAAAGCUGCGCUCUUGCUUCCUGCUGCCUCUCAGCUGGUUGGGGACUGGGGGAGACGGGGAGUUUGGAAUGGGACACCAGUUCUUUGAGCUUGUUAGUGUAAUUGUGUUUGAUUGAUGGCGAUUUAACAUUUAGUGUUAUAAA